GGUGAUGUGACAUGUGUAGUUUGGCUGUCAUGGGUGUACGUUAAUUCCUGGGUAGGUCGGCACUGAGAUGCCGGGAGUAAACCCCACUUGGGGUAAGACGGCAGCAUCUCGUCAUGACACCAACCUCCAAGACCCGAGCCCGAUGUGUAUUUUCAGCUUCUUUAGACAUUCCUAGACCACUCCGACGCGAGAGUCGAGAUAGGCGGCUUGUAUGCCAUUACCCGGUUACAUUUAUUUAAACUCAAGCCAAAUAACCGACCACCCGAAGCUCCAACCAAGGGCAUUGUGCUUUAGUAUAUUUCGCCCACGCAUCAUAUUAACUCGAGGGGGCAGCCUCUUACAUAAGUCUAAAUGGGGGAAGAGUACGGCCCUUUGGUCCGUCUUUGGGGCAUCCAUCCUUCUCAGCUCCCGCUCGCCGGAGCCAAGGGCGACGACCUCAGGCCUCUGCUCACGUCGAUUCUCAAGGAGGCGCUGCCCUUCAUUAAUCUCGCCCAAGAACCCUCCUCUUCUGGUACCUCUGCGUGGAAGCCCAAGUCCACCAAGAAUUUCCCCCAUUCUACUGCGAUAGUUAAGCUUUACGAGCGCACCGUAGCAACCGAGCACCUCCGCGCCGUCGUCGAGGAGCACCAUCCGCUAGGCGUGGACGCCAGGAACAUCAAGCCUGAGACAUGGGCGCUGCGCCAGAGCGUACACGAUGACACGGCGACGGGGGGCACGGCUUCCUGGGCUGAAUUCGUGCGAUGCUUCAAGGAGCGGCACGCCGAGGCGGAGGUGGCUUUCACGCCGAACAUCGCCAGCACGGAGCGACGCCGCGAGUGGGACUGCGCGGGCGUUGAGGUCGAGAUAGAGGCCGGCGGCGCGGCAUGGGUCGACUGGACGCUACGCAGCGAGGAGUCGGUUCACCAGUUGCCGGCACCACUACACCGGCGCGUGUUCCCCGUGGUGCAGGCCACGGCGGCGGUGCGUGGGAGGCGGGAGUUUUUGGUGGUGCAGAUUGCAGCGCAAGCCGGAGACGACCAGACAGAGGCCGGAGCUGCUGGACAUCAGAACACGGUGCGAGCGGCGUACACCAGCGUCGAAGUGGUGAGGGAGACAGCGGAUGGCAAGAUCGAGUGGAUCAUGGGGACGGCGUCCAACGCGGGUGGGGUGUUGCCGGCGUGGAUGCAGCGGAUGGCGGUGCCGGGGCAGAUUGCCAAGGAUGUGGAUAUGUUUAUGCAGUGGGUUGCGACAGAGAGGGAGAAGAAGGGCAGUGAGAUAUUGAAGGGGCUUGGAGGAGGAGGAGGAGGAGAAGGAGAAGAAGGAGGAACAGCUGACGAACAAAAGCCGUGAAGAGGAUGCUGGAGUGCCAACUCUCUUGCUAUUAUCGAGGUCUGCUGUUUGGCCGCGGAGAAGGAUCCAUAUGUCUUAUUAAUCCCACUUAGAUCCCCACGUAUGUUUCCAGAUAAAGUGUUUUCAAUGUGUCGAGGUGCUAUGAUGCCUGGUAUGUGCAUCUGGUUGGUGUUGUAGGCACCUGGUAA